GUUGGAAUGUGUGAUGAACCACUUUUGAUCCUGGAACCUCCAAAAGCCCAACCUCGAGUUUGGCACCAUACAGAUGGGCGUCAUUGAAGUCUUGGACUAAGUCAACUGGAUGAGACUUUCGUGUCUUUUUAGGAUAAAAUUACAACAAAAUAUUGCCUCACUCACGUUGAUCCAGCUUCAUAUAUAUAUAUAUAUCUCAGUUCCAUUUCCUACCAAAGCCCUUUCCAUUGAUUGAAAUAAUAAGAUCCUUAAAAAGGCAGUUCAAUUUUCGUGACAGAACGAAAGUUGUGUCAGCAGAGAUCGAGAAAUUUAAGGAGAGGGUCUUCUGCUCUGUUUUCGUUUCUCCUCCUCCGAAGAAAAUCCGAAAACCCAAAUACCAAGUGAUUACAAAACCCUAUUUUCUGUGGAUCCUUGGACUUUUACGUCUUCUCGUUCCCCUAUUUCCCGCGUAGAAAGUGGGAUCUGGGGCUUGGAUUUUUGUGGGCUAUUGGCGAUUUAUUCAUUUAUUCUUCUCUCUGGGUUCUGGUUUUUGAAUGAUUUGGUGGUAGAUUUAAGGAUGCAAGGUCUUGAGAAAUUGGUGAGUUUGCUUUGAUGGAGGACAUUCCGAGGCGGUAGAGAUAAGGAGGAGAGAGAAAGUGACAUUGAGAAAGGAUGGGUUCGAAGAUGGAAGGUCCUUCGGCGGCGGGGCCUGCCGUUCGUAGAGAUCCUUAUGAGGUAUUGGGCGUAUCGAGGGAUUCAUCUGACCAGGAGAUCAAGACGGCGUAUAGAAAGCUUGCUCUCAAGUAUCAUCCUGACAAAAAUGUCAGCAAUCCUGAGGCUUCGGAUCUUUUCAAAGAGGUUGCAUAUUCAUACAGUAUCUUGUCAGAUCCAGAAAAGAGAAGGCAGUAUGACAGUGCUGGGUUUGAGGCUCUUGAAACUGAUGGAAUGGAUAUGGAGAUCGAUUUAUCCAACCUGGGGACUGUCAAUACAAUGUUUGCAGCACUAUUUAGCAAGCUGGGUGUCCCAAUCAAGACUACAAUAUCUGCUAAUGUUCUAGAAGAGGCUUUAAAUGGCACAGUUACAGUCAGACCACUUCCCAUGGGAACAUCAGUGAGUGGAAAGGUUGAAAAACAAUGUGCCCACUUCUUUGGUGUAACGAUCAAUGAGCAACAAGCUCAGGCAGGGAUUGUAGUCAGAGCUACAUCAGCUGCUCAAAGUAAAUUUAAGCUACUGUAUUUUGAACACGAUGCCAAUGGUGGUUACGGGUUGGCUUUACAGGAAGACUGUGAGAAGACCGGUAAGGUAACAUCUGUGGGGAUGUAUUUCUUACAUUUUCAAGUGUACCGAAUGGAUUCGACUGUGAACACGUUAGCUAUCGCUAAGGACCCUGAAGCUGCCUUCUUCAAAAGAUUGGAGGGUCUUCAACCUUGUGAAGUGACUGAAUUAAAAGCUGGAACUCACAUAUUUGCUGUUUAUGGGGAUAACUUUUUUAAGCCUGCUUCCUAUACCAUUGAGGCUGUUUGUGCAAAGUCAUAUGAGGAUACUACUGAGAAGCUUAAAGAGAUUGAAGCUCAAAUUUUAAGGAAGAGAAACGAGCUUCGCCAAUUUGAGACAGAGUAUAGAAAGGCAUUAGCACGAUUUCAAGAAGUCACUAACAGAUACAGCCAAGAAAAGCAAUCUGUUGAUGAACUUCUUAAACAGAGAGAUACUAUCCAUUCUGCAUUUACCAUAGCCAGGGCAGUCACUACUGUUAACGGGAGCGGCAGUAGCAGCAGCUAUAGCAAAUUACCUGGAGAUGAGUCAAAGGGUGAGAGCCCAGGUGAUGAUGGAGCAGAUGGAAAGGAUAAAUCGUUGAAAAAGAGAUGGUUUAAUGUUGGCCUAAGAGGUUCGGAUAAAAAGCUUGGUUAAAAAUGAGUAUUUUUCCAGAUGCAACCAGUGUGAUUGGUAGGAUGUCAAGAUGCCUGUUGAAUUGCUGGAGUGGUUUUCAAUUCCGUCCUCACAUUCUUACAAAAAGGUUGUUUAUUUGCUUCCAGCAAAUUGUAGCCCUGUAUUCCUUUCAUUUGAUUUUUUGUUUUCUUAAACUUUAUCACAAUUUGUCAUGCAAGAUGUCUCAAUUUGAAGCACAUUUUAUCUUUAUCAAGCUGAGUUGAUCCUCAACUCCCAAAUUGUUCUUGUAGCAAUUUUAAUGUAUAGAGCUGUGAAAUAGUAGAAACAUUUUAUUCUUUUGGUUCUAUUGUAAUUGUAAUAAUAUAUACAUACUGGUCUUCCAGUUCCUGCUAA